AUGGAUCAUGGAUUUAGAUUUAUAUGGAAGAAUCUGAUAGAAACUAGGAGAUUGUUAUGGAUAAUGGUGCUAACAUUUGCUGCAGUUUUGCUUGUUCAAUUUUUCGAACUUCCUCGAGAUAAUGUUUUAUCAUCUCUCCUUUCUGCUGGAAAAGUUGCAUUUUUUGGUAAAAGGAACUUCCCAGAUAAAGGAUUAUCUUCGAGUCUUGGAACUGUUGGAAACAUCACAAAUACAUACACGAUUCAGGAGAUACCAAACAGUGCUAAGAUCUUGAACUUGACGAAAGAAGAGUAUGAAGGAAAUGAAGGUGAAGACGAGAGAACCAAGUUUGAUUGUGUUCUCAAGAAGAAUGGUAGUAUUCACAUAGAGUUCACUUCUGCAAAUAAUGGAAGUUCGCUUCGGGACUCAGGGAAAUGUAGAGAUUUUGAGCGUGCAAUUUCCUCAAGAAAUGCCACUGAGAAGAAUGAUACUUCACCAGGGAAUAUCCAAACACAACACGUUCCUUCAACACCUGGCCAAAAUGAGAGCUCGGGUUGUGCUUCUGAAUGCCUUCCAGCAUUUUCAUCACUUAGUCCAGUCUCUCCAACAAAAUUGGAUUCAGUAACUCCUGUGAUAUCAGUGGAAACUAACCGUUCUCCAGUGCUCAAAAUGCCACUGGAGAGUAAUAUAAGCAUUGAAAACAAUAAUUCUUCUAUGGCACCUUCUCGAACCCAUGGAAAGUCCGAAAUGCCAAAAUUAGCCCCCGUGACAAUAUCUAAGAUGAAUGUGUUGCUGCUGCACAGUCAUUCAUUUUCUAAUUCAACACCACCACAACAGAUUUCAACCGGCGAUAAGGAACUACUACAUGCAAAACUUGAGAUAGAAAAUGCUUCAUCUAUAGAUGCUGAUUCAGGACUUUAUGGACCUGUUUAUCGAAAUAUUUUCAUGUUCAAAAGGAGCUACGAUUUGAUGGAUAAGAUGCUGAGAGUUUAUAUUUACAAGGAAGGAGAGAAACCAAUCUUCCAUGAAUCAAUACUUGAGGGAAUAUAUGCAUCUGAAGGCUGGUUCUUGAAGCUUUUAGAAUCAAACAAACAAUUUGUAACUGAAGAUCCCACAGAAGCUCACUUAUUUUACAUACCUUUUAGUUCACGACUGCUGGAGUUAUCACUUUAUGUGCGCAAUUCACACAGUCGCAAAAACCUGAUAGAUUACAUGCAGAACUAUGUCGAAAUGCUUAUUCAGAAAUAUUCUUUCUGGAACAGGACCAACGGAGAAGACCAUUUUCUGGCUGCUUGUCAUGAUUGGGCUCCUGCUGAAACAAGAGGACGUAUGCUAAGUUGCCUAAGAGCACUGUGCAAUGCUGAUAUCAAAACAGGCUUUGUCAUUGGUAAGGAUGUUUCUCUUCCUACCGUAAAUGUUCAAUCAGCCAAGAAUCCUCUCAAAGAUAUUGGAGGCGAACCUGCCAUCAAAAGGCCAAUCCUCGCCUUUUUUGCCGGUUACAUGCAUGGUCGAGCCCGUCCAAUUCUCCUGAAACAUUGGGGAAAAGAUCCCGACAUGAGAAUUUUCAAUCGACUGCCUCAUGUCAAGGGAAACAAGAAUUACAUUGAGUAUAUGAAGAGCAGCAAGUAUUGCAUUUGCGCCCGAGGUUUUGCAGUGCACAGUCCCAGAGUUGUGGAAUCCAUUUUCUUCGAAUGUGUCCCGGUAAUUAUAUCCGACAACUACGUACCUCCAUUUUUCGAGGUUUUGAACUGGGAAUCCUUUGCUGUUUUCAUCUUAGAAAAGGAUAUUCCUAAUUUGAAGAACAUACUGCUAUCUAUUCCUGACGAGAAAUAUCUCGAGAUGCUAAAUGGCGUGAAACAGGUACAGAAACAUUUUUUUUGGCAUGCUGAGCCUGUAAAGUAUGAUUUGUUUCACAUGACUCUUCACUCAGUUUGGUACAACAGAGUUUUCAGGUUAAAUUUGGCAUAG